AGAAGGAACACACCGCCCCCUGGCCCCCAGGAAGGGAGCACAAUGGAGGCUGCACACUCCAAGACCACAGAAGAGUGUUUGGCCUAUUUUGGGGUGAGCGAAACUACAGGCCUUACCCCGGACCAAGUUAAGCGGCAUCUGGAGAAAUACGGCCACAAUGAGCUCCCUGCCGAGGAAGGGAAGUCCCUGUGGGAGUUGGUGGUAGAGCAGUUUGAAGACCUCCUGGUGCGGAUCCUUCUCCUGGCCGCCUGCAUUUCCUUUGUGCUGGCCUGGUUCGAGGAAGGCGAAGAGACCAUCACCGCCUUUGUUGAACCCUUUGUCAUCCUCUUGAUCCUCAUUGCCAAUGCCAUCGUGGGGGUUUGGCAGGAAAGGAAUGCAGAGAAUGCCAUUGAGGCUCUGAAGGAAUAUGAACCAGAGAUGGGGAAGGUCUACCGGGCUGACCGCAAGUCGGUGCAAAGGAUCAAGGCUCGGGACAUUGUCCCCGGAGACAUCGUGGAGGUGGCUGUGGGGGACAAAGUCCCUGCAGAUAUCCGAAUCCUCACCAUCAAGUCCACCACCCUCCGGGUCGACCAGUCCAUCCUGACAGGCGAGUCUGUCUCUGUCAUCAAGCACACAGAACCUGUUCCCGACCCCCGAGCUGUCAACCAGGAUAAGAAGAACAUGCUCUUCUCGGGCACCAACAUUGCAGCCGGUAAGGCCAUAGGCAUCGUGGCCUCUACCGGUGUGAACACUGAGAUUGGGAAGAUCCGUGACCAAAUGGCCGCGACGGAGCAGGACAAGACCCCUCUGCAGCAGAAGCUGGAUGAGUUUGGGGAGCAGCUCUCCAAGGUCAUCUCCCUCAUCUGCGUGGCCGUGUGGCUCAUCAAUAUUGGCCACUUCAACGAUCCCAUCCACGGGGGCUCCUGGAUCCGUGGUGCCAUCUACUACUUUAAGAUUGCCGUGGCCCUCGCUGUGGCUGCAAUCCCAGAAGGCCUUCCUGCAGUCAUCACCACCUGCCUGGCCCUGGGCACCCGCCGGAUGGCAAAGAAGAACGCAAUUGUGAGGAGCUUGCCCUCCGUGGAGACGCUGGGCUGCACCUCUGUCAUCUGUUCCGACAAGACAGGCACCCUCACCACGAACCAGAUGUCUGUCUGCAAGAUGUUCAUCAUCGAAAAGGUGGACGGGGACAUCUGCCUUCUGAACAAGUUCUCUAUCACUGGCUCCACUUACGCUCCAGAAGGAGAGAUCUUGAAGAAUGAUAAGCCAGUCCGGACAGGGCAGUAUGAUGGGCUGGUAGAGCUAGCCACCAUUUGUGCCCUCUGCAAUGACUCCUCCUUGGACUUCAAUGAGGCCAAAGGUGCUUAUGAGAAGGUGGGCGAGGCCACCGAGACUGCACUCACCACCCUGGUGGAGAAGAUGAAUGUAUUCAACACUGAACUGAGAAACCUCUCAAAGGUGGAGAGGGCCAACGCCUGCAACUUGGUGAUCCGCCAGCUAAUGAAGAAGGAAUUCACCCUGGAGUUCUCCCGGGACAGAAAGUCCAUGUCUGUCUAUUGCUCUCCAGCAAAAUCCCGGGCUGCUGUGGGCAACAAAAUGUUUGUCAAGGGUGCCCCAGAGGGGGUCAUCGAUCGCUGUAACUACGUGCGAGUCGGCACCACUCGGGUGCCCAUGACAGGGCCGGUGAAGGAGACGAUUCUGUCGGUAAUCAAGGAGUGGGGCACUGGCCGGGACACCCUGCGCUGCCUGGCCCUGGCCACCCGGGACACCCCCCCAAAGCGAGAGGAGAUGGUCCUGGAUGACUCUUCCAGGUUCAUGGAGUACGAGACGGACCUGACAUUCGUUGGCGUGGUGGGCAUGCUGGACCCACCCCGCAAGGAGGUCACAGACUCUAUCCUCCUGUGCCGUGAUGCUGGCAUCCGAGUGAUCAUGAUCACUGGGGACAACAAGGGCACAGCCAUUGCCAUCUGCCGACGAAUUGGCAUCUUCGGGGAGAACGAGGAUGUGGCUGACCGAGCCUACACUGGCCGGGAGUUUGAUGACCUGCCCCUGACCACGCAGCGGGAGGCCUGCAAACGCGCCUGCUGCUUUGCCCGCGUGGAGCCCUCGCACAAGUCGAAGAUCGUGGAGUAUCUGCAGUCCUACGACGAGAUCACAGCGAUGACAGGUGAUGGCGUCAACGACGCCCCUGCCCUGAAGAAGGCGGAGAUCGGCAUUGCCAUGGGAUCCGGCACCGCCGUGGCCAAGUCGGCCUCCGAGAUGGUACUGGCCGACGACAACUUCUCCACCAUCGUGGCUGCCGUGGAGGAGGGCCGCGCCAUCUACAACAACAUGAAGCAGUUCAUCCGCUACCUCAUCUCCUCCAAUGUGGGAGAGGUGGUCUGCAUCUUCCUGACAGCUGCCCUGGGGCUGCCUGAGGCCCUGAUCCCCGUGCAGCUGCUGUGGGUGAACCUGGUGACAGACGGGCUCCCGGCCACAGCCCUGGGCUUCAACCCCCCCGACCUGGACAUCAUGGACCGGCCCCCCCGGAGCCCCAAGGAGCCCCUCAUCAGUGGCUGGCUCUUCUUCCGCUACAUGGCAAUUGGGGGCUAUGUGGGUGCAGCCACGGUGGGAGCAGCAGCCUGGUGGUUCCUAUACGCUGAGGACGGGCCUCACAUCACCUACAGCCAGCUGACUCACUACAUGAAGUGUGCGGAGCACAACCCUGACUUUGAGGGUGUGGAUUGCGAGGUCUUCGAGGCCCCCGAGCCCAUGACCAUGGCCUUGUCCGUGCUGGUUACCAUCGAGAUGUGCAAUGCUCUCAACAGCCUGUCUGAGAACCAGUCCCUCCUGCGGAUGCCGCCCUGGGUGAACAUCUGGCUGGUGGGCUCCAUCUGCCUCUCCAUGUCCCUCCAUUUCCUCAUCCUCUACGUGGACCCUCUGCCGAUGAUCUUCAAGCUGCAGGCCCUGGACCUGCCCCAUUGGCUCAUGGUCUUCAAGAUCUCGUUACCAGUCAUCGGGCUAGAUGAACUCCUCAAGUUCAUUGCUCGGAACUACCUGGAGGGUAAGAGCGCGCCGCCCCCAGCCCUGUCAGCCCCUGGCCCCUGACACAGCCCCUCCCUCCAGGCCGUGAAGGCGCCUGCCCCGCUUCCUUGUCAGGUGGGUGAGUUCCCAGAGCCCCUGCAGGCCCCGUGUCCUCCGCUGAGGGGCGCACCCAGCCCCUGCCCCGCCUUUGCCCGCUCCUCCGAGCCCGUCUCCUUGGCGCCCCAAAGCCUCCUCAGCCCUCUUGGUCCCCUGCGCCCACCUCCCUCCCUCGAUAACGGCUGUCUCUCUGUCCUCUCUGGCCAUAGGAUAACUCGUUUCCCCCUCCUCCAUCUCUCUGAGCCGUGUCACAGGUAUCAACCCCCUUCUUGCCCGUGCCCUAGCUGCUGUGCCCCCUCUGCCCACCCCCUCUCCCCCUCAGGCGGCGCCGGGGUCACGUGCCCUCACAGCUCCACCUGGAGCCACCGCCGCCGCCGCCACUGCCGUGCUUCCAAGUGGGGCUGGGCUGCUGCCUCUACUCUGCGGGGGUGGCACUGCCCGGCCCCGGGCACCACUGUCUGCUGGGCUGAGCUGCGUCGCGCUGGCUGGCCGCUGAGCCGUGUGCC